AUGUCUACCGCCAAGCCCAUACGCCGCGUCACCCUCUUCAAGAUCCCCACGGAAGAGGGUCAAGAGCAGCUCCUUGCGAAAUACCGCGACAUGCCUCAAAAAGCACUCAAGGACGGCGCACCAUACAUCCUCGACAUCCAAGCCGGCAAGACGUUCCCCGACCAGCGGGCUCAGGGCUUCACUCUGGUCGCUUCAACGGUCUUCAAGAACAAGGAGGAUAUGUUGUUCUACGACAAUGAGUGCGCAGGGCACGCGGAUCUCAAGAAGGUGGCUAUGGCUGUACACCAGGGCGUCAUGAUGGUGUAUUUCGAGAGCAUCUUUGAUUAG